AUGGACAAAGACUCCACCUCCCGCUUUGUGCCUGAGCACCGAAGAACAAAAUUUAAGAACCGCGGAGCCUUUAAGGCUGAUGAACUGCGUCGUCGCCGUGAAGAAGCCCAGAUCGAAAUCCGAAAACAAAAGCGUGAUGAAAAUCUGACCAAGCGACGAAACAUGGAUGCCAUUGCCUCAAUCAUUGACAGUGAUGAUGAGCAAGAACAGUAUGAUGAUAUAGCUCAAGUUCAGGAGCAACUUGCUCAAGACCUCCCAGAUAUGCUUGCUGCUCUCAAUUCAAACGACGUUGAACUCCAACUCGAAGCAACCAAAAAGUUCCGUAAACUCCUUUCCAAAGAACGCAACCCACCUAUUUCUCAAGUCAUUGAUGCCGGCGCAAUCCCUAAGUUUGUCGAGUUCCUCUCCUCUACACACUCGCUGCUCCAAUUUGAAGCUGCUUGGGCAAUCACAAACAUUGCUUCAGGCAACUCGGACCAGACCCAGGUCGUCAUUGAGGCUGGCGCCAUUCCUCUCUUUGUUCGUCUUUUGCAGUCCCCAGAAGCUGACGUCCGCGAACAAGCCGUCUGGGCCCUCGGCAACAUUGCCGGUGACUCGGCCAUUUGCCGUGAUGCCGUUCUCAAUGCUGGAGCUCUUCCCCUCCUCCUCGAGCUUCUCACUGAUACCCGCAAGCUUACCCUUAUCCGCAACGCCACUUGGACUCUCUCCAACUUUUGCCGCGGUAAAAAUCCCCAGCCUGACUGGUCCAUCAUUUCUACAGCAAUUCCUACCCUUGCUAAGCUCCUCUACUCUUACGAUGAGGAAGUCUUGAUUGACGCCUGCUGGGCUGUCUCUUAUCUUUCCGAUGGUGCUGAUGAAAAGAUCCAGGCUGUUAUCGAUGCUGGCAUUCCUCGCCGUCUUGUUGAGCUUCUUAGCUCCCAGUCUCCAGCUAUUCAGACCCCUGCUCUUCGUUCUGUAGGCAACAUUGUCACUGGCGAUGAUGUCCAGACACAAGUUAUUCUUAAUGCAGGUGCUCUUCCUGCUCUUCUCGGUCUUCUCAACACCCCGCGCGACAAUAUCAGAAAGGAAACAUGCUGGACCAUUUCUAACAUUACUGCCGGUAACUCUCAGCAGAUUCAAGCCGUCAUUGAUGCCAAUCUGGUCCCCCCACUCAUCCAGCUUCUUUCAUCCUCGGACUUUAAGACUAAGAAGGAAGCCUGCUGGGCCAUUUCUAAUGCUACAUCGGGAGGUCUCGCCAAACCAGAGCAAAUCAGAUACAUUGUCAACCAGGGCUGCAUAAAGCCUCUUUGCGACAUGCUUGUGAGCCCAGAUAAUCGUGUGAUCCAAGUUUCUUUGGAUGGCUUGGAAAAUAUUCUCAAGAUUGGCGAGCUUGACAAGCAACAGAAUGGUCUUGCCAUGAACCAAUAUGCUCUUUACAUUGAAGCUGCCGAGGGUCUUGAGAAAAUCCAUGCUUGCCAAAACAACCACAAUGAGUACAUUUACAACAAGGCUUACACGAUUAUUGAGACAUACUUUAGUGGCGAUGAUGAUGAGGCUAAUGAGGAUGUUGACAUUGCUCCAAAGGCUCUUGAUGAUCAAUUUUCUUUUAAUGCCAACCAGGACCAAAACAUCAAUUUUAACUUUUAA